CUUCAUCUACUUUCAACCAUUUCUCCUAAAGACCUGUGGCAGGCAGUUCACAAGCACCUUCCCCAACUUUGGGGCUUGACCAGUUUGGUGGUGGCUUCAAAUACAAGACUAAAUCUUGGCCUAUAUAAAACACCACCCUCAUCUCUCCAUACAUCAAACCUUUAAUGUAAAAACAUUCUUUCAUCUCUUCCAGCUCUAUCACAUAGCAUAGAGUUGAGAAUUCUAACUUGGCUUCUUAGUGGAAAUAUCAACAUUCAUGUUCAGCCUCUACUGCUCUAUUACAAUGGAGAAGAUAUCAUCAUCAACUAAUGACAAUACAUCCUCAUUAUUUCUUUUGCUUGAUGCAAUCUUGUUACGCACAAUUUCUAGUAGCACUCAGAAGUUAUUUUCAACAUUUCAGUCUACUCUCCAAUCCCAACAAAACUGUGGCAACUCAAAGAUUUUGGAUGUGAAGAACUUGGAUUCUGAGUUGAGGAAGCCGGAGCUGAUCUGCAAAAGGAAAGAUGAUGGAAACUUGAGCAGACAUGAUGUGAAGAUGGUGAUGGGAAACUUGGGAAUUUUUUGUAGUCCAGAAAGUGAGGAACUACCAGAGUCGUUCGGUUCCAAUGAACUUGCAGGGCUGUUUGAUGAGAAGGAGCCAAGCUUGGGGGAAGUAAAGGAAGCUUUUGAUGUGUUUGAUGAGAACAGAGAUGGGUUUAUCGAUGCAAGGGAGUUGCAGAGAGUUCUCUGUAUAUUGGGCUUAAAGGAAGGAUCAAAGCUAGAAGACUGCCAAAAAAUGAUCAGGACAUUCGACGAAAACAGAGAUGGAAGGAUAGAGUUCAGUGAAUUCGUGAAGUUCAUGGAGGCCAGCUUAUACUGAUUCAUUUUUUCCUUCUAUCAUGCAUUUCUGUUCUGUCUUUUAAGAAGUCUUCUCACAAUUAUUACUAAUGACAAAUUUGAAUGCAUAUCUUAUUCUCUCCUAAAAAA